AUGUCUGUCCCCUGGAUCCUGGUUCAAAAAUCUGGUGGCCCAGCAGGACAGUGGAAAAAUCUACGUGCACCAGCAGAGAGGGUGGUGCUGGUGAUGGGAGUGAGCGACUCUGGAAAAUCAACAGUGGGAUCACUCCUGGCAACUGAGCUGGGGUGGAAAUUCUAUGAUGCCAAUGACUACCAUCCUGAAGAAAAUCAAAAAAAGAUGGGGAAAGGAAUACCACUGAAUGACCAGGAUAGGAUUCCAUGGCUUUGCAACUUACAUGACAUUUUAUUGAGAAAUGUGUCCUCAGGCCAAAGCGUGGUCCUUGCCUGUUCUGCUUUGAAGAAAAUGUACAGAAACAUCUUAAUGAGAGGAGAAAGUGCUGCAACUCCCAAGUCUGAUGGGCCAGGAGAGAAAGAAGGCUUCCCAGAGCUGAAGCUCCUUGUGGUCUAUUUGAAUGGAUCUUUUGAAGUGAUCUCUGGGCGUUUAGCCAAAAGAAAAGGACAUUUUAUGCCGCCAGAGCUGCUCCAGUCCCAGUUUGACACUUUGGAACCUCCAUCAGCACCAGAAAACUUUUUGUCACUUAGCAUAGACAGAAGUGUCGAGGAAAUGAUUCUUUUUAUUGUGGACAAUAUAAAAAUUAAAUGA